GUUUCGUACACCGGUCGUUUCUCAACACAACACUAACGGUUGUGCCGAUGGCAGAGGGAGGACAAUCAAGCUCUCCUCCUCCUAAUUGGAGCUCUCAGAUCUUGUGCAGGUAUUACUUACAUGGUGUUUGUCGUCAAGGUGAUGGCUGCCCAUAUUCUCAUGAUAAAUCCAGUAAACUAUCCAUGGUCUGUACAUUUUAUCAGAAAGGACAAUGUACUUACGGAGACGGAUGUAUGACCAUGUAAAAUUAAACCCAAAAAUUUCGGACUCCAAAGGCGUACAUAUCCUGCCUAUGGUGUCAUCAAAAAGCUCUCCAAUCAGUAGUAAUAUGGUCACAUUGAAAAAAGGAGGGGAGACAACUCCAAAACCAACCAAAUCCCCAAUGACACCGAAACCAGAAGAUUGGGUGAAAGCCAAGGAAUUUGUACCAGGUCAACCUUACACAUGUUCGAAAGUUCCGGCGUCCUAUGCAGCAGCUGUAGAACCUACAACAGAAUCCUCUAGUCCAUGUAUUGUUAAAGGAAGUAAAGAUUUACUCUGUCCCUACCUUGCCCAAGGUCAUUGUCCAUAUGAUGAGGAGUGUGAAUAUCUCCAUGGAAAUAUCUGUGAUAUGUGUGGACUAGCAGUGCUACAUCCUGAAAACAAGUCACAGAGAGAAGAACAUCAAAAAGAAUGUGUAAAACAACAUGAACAGGCUAUGGAAUUAUCAUUUGCUGUAGCCAGAAGUAAAGACAAGUGUUGUGGAAUAUGUAUGGAACAUAUCUUGGAAAAAGAUAAUCACCAAGAAAGAAGAUUUGGAAUAAUGUCAAACUGUAAUCAUAUCUUCUGUUUGCCAUGUAUACGCAAAUGGAGAGGGGCAAAACAGUUUGAAAACCAAAUAGUCAGAGCGUGUCCAGAAUGUAGAGUGCAGUCAGACUUUGUCACUCCAAGUAUGUACUGGGUAGAUACUGAUGAAGAAAAACAGAAACUUAUAUCUGGUUAUAAAAAAGCAUUAAGUAAUAAACCAUGCAAGUAUUUCAAGGAAGGCAAGGGAGAGUGUCCAUUUUAUGACAAGUGCUUCUAUCGUCAUGCUCAUCCAGAUGGGACUAUAGCAGAUCCAAAACCUCGACCUAGACGAAGACGACAAGAUGCAGAGGGAACAUUAGACAUUAUAGAAAGAAUUAAUUUGUGGGAUUUUUUAGAAGAAAGACAGAACAGAGUUUUCUUGCUUGAUUUAGAAGAAGAAUUAGACAAUUUAAUUUUGAAUUUAGUGUUAGGUGGACGUGAUACAGAUAGUGAUAGUGACAGUGAUUUUGAUGGCUUUUGGUGAUGAAUGUUUGUUUCUAGAAUUAUAUAUAAUUAAUGAAUUACCUCCCCCUUAGUAGAAAUUUUUCAUAAUCUAACAAUAAGGUAAUAUGAUAUAUAUAGUUUCUUAUCCAAUAUCCUACAAAAUCAACAAUUUGGGUGUAAUGUGGUGGUGCUAAAGGACAAAAAUGAUAAAGAACAAAAUUAUAUAUUGUUUCUUUUGAGGUAGCAGUCCCAAUUUAAAAUUGCAUUAACAGUUAGAUGGACUUUUUAUUAUUGUGUUUGACUUGCUGCCUAUUCUAUAAGACAAAAAAUUAUUAACAAGAAUAAAAAGCAUGCAAAUGUAACCUUAAUACAAGUUAUUAGAUUUUUAUAGUAGAUAUUUGUAGGCAUUAUACUUUUAAAGAUUUUGAGAUUUGAAAUACACUUCAUCUGGUGUUUAAGUUCUGACUUUAACACGAAUAUAAAACUAGGGAAAUGCAGUAUGAUUGCCAGUGAGAAAAUUAUUCACCAUAGACAAAAAGAUGAGGAUGUAAAAAACUAUAGGGCCUUAUGCAGCCUUCACCAAUGAGCAAAACCAAAACCAUAUAGUAAGUUUUGAAAUGUAUAAAAUAUCCUCUAUGAAGAAUGCCUUUGUGAUUUUAAUGUGUUCUGACUUCCACAAUACAUAAUUACAUCUGUUAAACAUUCACGGUUCAAUAUCUUAUGCAGUUUGGCCACUCUGUUGGUUGUAUUGAAGACAUGCAAUAGUAAAGUUAUGGCAGAUCAGGAACGCUAAGGCACAUCACAUGUAAGGAACAUGUUUACAAAGUAUGAAAGUAUGCAGGUGAAUGUUAUCAAACCUUUGAAAAUCAUUGAAUUUCAUGACUUCACAUGUACAAUGUAAUUACUUAUCUAUUCAAAAUUGAUAAUAUAUUAAUGUAUAUUUCAUUAUUUAACACCUCAGCUUUUACAAGUUUUUACACUGUUUAAAAACAAUAUUGAAAAAUAUAAGGAAUCUGUUUAAGUCAAAGUGGUUUUUAUAAGACCCUCAUAGCAAAACUAAUUUUUGGAAAUUCCAAGCAUGCAAGCUUAAGGCCCUAGAAAUUUUCUUAUUACCUUAUUAAAAAGCACAUUUCACAUGUAAAAAGUGGCAAUUUGAUUUAAAAUUCAAUACUGUGGAUUCAUUAUUAUUCGUGAGUUAUCAAUUUUGGUGGAUAGCAUGUGUAAAGGUUAUCCAAGAAUUUCAAUGUUUAACAAAGUACAAAUUUUCUAUAGGCUUCUAUGCAGACCUUGACAAAACCACAAAAUUUAAUAUCCAUGAAAGUGUAAGUUUUCCUCAAACCAUGAAAAUUGGUACCCACAAAAAUAGUUGAAUCCACAGUAUAAAAACAUGAUUGAGAUGAUAUUUUGUUGAACCAAUAAAAAAACAAUCAUCAUUUUGAAACAAUAUAAUGAAACAAAAAGCAAUAAUAUAGAUUGCUACAUAGUGCUGCUGAAGUCAUAUAACAAGAAUAAACCAAAAAGAACUAGUUUGAUCAUUGAACCUGAAAAAUUGAAAUAUGUCAUUAAUUCCAUUUUUUAAACUUCAAUUUUAAGGUUUAGCAGUUGAAAAUAGUACUUUUUAAAGAGCUGAUAUGACGACUGAUCCAACUAUGUUUUCUUAAUGUUUGCAGGAAUAAAAACAUAUAGAAUAGUUAUAUCAUAUAACUUUGUAUAAAUAUACAUAUGCAAACAUGUUCUUUCCAUUUUUUUUUCUGAUAAUGAAAUCAAUUCUUCAAUGGCUAUUUGAAAAGAAGGAUAGCAGGCAUUACCAAAAAUAUUGGACAGUUCAACAGACCAUGCCAACCACCAACACAUUACUCUGUUGUAAAAUAGAAGUACAAAUAAUAAAGAAUCUAUACAUGAAUGACUUGAGGGGAGAAUAUAAUCAGAUAUACCAUUUACUAGUAUCAAGGAAGCAUCAUAUAUAUUUUUGAUGCACCAAAUUUGUCUAAAUCUGGUUGAUGUAAAACAUUUGAUAUAUGCAAAAUCUAAAACCAUGGUAGUUUGAAAAUGUCUUUGAACCAAUGAUUUUUUUUUCCAAAAACCAGAUAAAAAGGAUUUUCUGCAGUGAUAAUUUUACAAUUUAAUAUGUAAACAUUUUUAUACUUUUUCAAUACUAUAUGUGCUUGGUAGAGCUUAAUUUUGCUGGUUUUAAGAUAAACAUGUAUGCAUUUAACAGAAAUAGCUAUAUUGAUAUGCAUUUAUAUUAUUUAUCAUAAUUUCAUUUAGAAUGAAAUGUUUGGCAAUGGAUUGAGAAAUUUUGAUAAUAGUCCUGAGUUACUGUCUUGUCUGAGAAUUCAAUUUGAAAGAAUUAAGUUGUACACUCAAAACCAAGUACUUGUAAUACUUAGAUAAGCCAUAUAAAUCAUUUUAAAGAUGGAUAUACACGAAAAUUUAACAAAACUAUGACUGUUCAGAGGUAGAGAAUACAUACAUCCAUGUGAAUUUCACAAAAUUAAUGUGAUUUUCAUGUGAAAUUGUUCAUGAAAUAUAAUCCUGUUUUUUUUUUCCAUGUACAUGUUACAUGAAUAUUUUGAUAUAUUUUAUAAAUGUGUACUUGUAAAAUUAAAUACAAUACAGACUUUUAUUUUUUGAAUUGAAAUGUAAUGUUUUAUGAAAAUUUUUAAGUGAACAUAAAACAUAAGCAAAAUUGCUUUGUUGAAAUUUCAGUCACAGAAAAUUUCCUUUUCCCUAAUAUCUCUGACUGAUGUUAAAUACAAAUCAUUGAAUGAUCAUUAUUUAACAGACAACCAAAUUGAUCUUUUAAACUAUAAAACAAGUGUCUUGGAUUUUUUUUAAACGAUUUUAAAUCUUUUAGCAGAUAAGAUCUAAAAUGCCAUAUAUUAAUGAUUUUCAAUAAUAGUAAAUCUUUUAACAGAAUCUGAAUAUAUUGUUAUUGCGUUUUGAAAUUAAAAAAAAAUAUAAUUAUAAACAUAACAUUUGUAAAUUUGAAAUUUAAGCAAUAACCUUUAUUAACAUGUUAAAGUGUUGGAAAAAGGAGAGUCUGAAAUUAAGAAAAAACCAUAUCCAUUUGCCUUUGUUUAUUAGUCUAUAAUUUGUGGACCUAAAACUUGUUAUAACUAACUUACCUGCACCCAAUUUUUUAAGGUAUGCUUAUGUUUAUGUGAAUUUGUUUUUUGUUUUUUUUUUUGUAAUUUUUUAUGGUACACCUUGAAAAUGUUACCUAAAACAUGAACUCCAUGUAACAGGACUUUGGUGUCUUUUUUAUGGAAUUGUUAAAGCAGCUGUAUUUGUUUGAAAUAUUUAUUUGUUACCCAUGUUACAAUUAUAUAUAUAAACUUGUGUUGAAUUUCA